UCCAGAAAAAGCUUGGCUUCAUUCCCAACAUAUGUUGAAGUUCCUGGACCUUGUGAUCCUGAAGACUUGAUAGAUGGAAUAAUUUUUGCUGCCAAUUACCUCGGCUCCACUCAACUCCUUUCUGACAAAACUCCCUCCAAGAAUGUGAGAAUGAUGCAGGCACAAGAGGCUGUCAGCAGAAUCAAGAUGGCCCAGAAAUUAGCCAAAGGCAGGAAGAAGGCUCCAGAAGGUGAAUCUCAACCUGUGACUGAAGUGGACCUCUUCAUUUCUACACAGAGAAUAAAAGUAUUGAAUGCAGAUGCACAGGAAACUAUGAUGGAUCAUCCUCUGAGGACCAUUUCUUACAUUGCGGAUAUAGGGAACAUAGUUGUUCUGAUGGCUCGUAGACGAAUGCCGCGAUCAAAUUCCCGGGACAAUGUGGAAGCAUCUCACCCCUCCCAAGAUGGAAAAAGGCAAUACAAAAUGAUUUGCCACGUCUUCGAGUCUGAGGAUGCACAGCUGAUUGCACAGUCUAUAGGUCAAGCAUUUAGUGUGGCCUACCAGGAAUUUCUGAGGGCAAAUGGAAUCAAUCCAGAAGACCUAAGCCAGAAGGAAUAUAGUGACUUGCUCAAUACCCAGGACAUGUACAAUGAUGACCUGAUUCAUUUUUCCAAAUCUGAAAACUGCAAAGAUGUUUACAUUGAAAAGCAAAAGGGAGAAAUUCUAGGUGUAGUGAUUGUGGAAUCUGGCUGGGGAUCCAUUUUGCCUACAGUUAUCAUAGCCAACAUGAUGCAUGGAGGACCAGCAGAGAAGUCUGGGAAACUAAAUAUAGGGGACCAGAUCAUGUCAAUUAAUGGGACCAGUUUGGUUGGCUUACCACUCUCAACAUGCCAGAGCAUUAUAAAG